AUGUCCACCCUGAAGACCCUCCUGGCCCUGGCCAUCCUCACAUCCCUGGCCGGAGAAAGUAAAGCGCUGAAAUGCCACAAGUGUGUUGCGUCCAACGAGGACGACUGCAACAAGCAGGGCUCCCACAGCUGCCCCCAGUACGCCGAUGCCUGCUCCGUCAUCACAGCGCCAAACAGCAUCAUUAAAUCCUGCUCCUACAAGUCCUUCUGCGACCAGGCACGGCGCGGCGGCUCCGGCGGGGCCACCGUGAGAUGCUGCUUCAGCGACGACUGCAACAAGUCACUGCGUGGCUCCGGCGGGAGGCCCCGGCCACUGAACCUGCCCAGCCUGCUGGUCACCGCGCUGGCCGGGACACUGCUGCUGGGCUGGCCAUGA